AUGCACAACACAGAAAAUAUAUUAGUUUCAUUUCAAAAGUAUGAUUGUAUCAAAAUGGCACCUAAAUCUUUGUUAUUUGUAAUUGUGCUCACUUUAUUAGAUUCCAUUCAAGGCUUGCAUCAAAUGGAAGACGAUCUAAAAAAAGUCGAACACGCUCUCAAAAAUCAUUUGCUAGAGACUGUUUUGAAUAUCAAAAUCUCAACGACUAUGAUCGAAGUGUUUGCGGAAGACGCAAAGCAACGACUCAUUUGGGAUCUCAAGUCUGCUGCCCAAGGUUUUUGGAAGACGAUUGAUAUGCUUCAGAUUGCUUCUGCAGAAGAUGUACCACCUGGAUGUAUUAGAUUAGCCACUAAAAGUCUAGAAGAGCUCGAUAGCCAAGUCAAAUUUGAGGCUCACAAUAAGAUAGAAAACAUUCUGAGUGAAGCUGAUGAGGAAGCUACUGAAGCUAUAUCACAGUCGAGAAUUUUUCUAUCGGAAAUUCCUUCGUUGGCCGAGAAAAUCAAAAACUGCAAUGGAGGCUUGUGCAAGAUUAUAUUGGACGAUCAAAUUGUGCAACUGUUGAGAGAUUCGUGGAAGACUAUAGAAGAAUCUUGCACCGAUUUUAUCGCUUAUCGUGAAGAACUGGUGAAAAACUUGCAAACACUUAAAUUGGACGCUGAUGCUUAUCUAGAAGGAGAUCUGGGUGAGGGUAAAGCUAUGCCUGAUGUGAUCACAAUAAAUCAAUGUGGUAGCAGGACAAAGUUCUACGGAAAAAGGAUAUAUUCCCCGAUAGGUAUGUAA